UUUUUAUUGAAGACUGAAAUUCUGAAAAUAUUCAAUAUAUCCAAAAAUAAAAUUUUUAAAACAAUAUUUGAAGUUAAAAAUGGAUUUGUACUAUCAAUUUUUGAUUUUAUGUGCAUUAAUAUCAGCUACAUAUACUUUACCGGAUGAAGGAAAAUGGGAUUAUAAUCUUACUGCGGGCUACAUAAACAUAUAUUUAUCAAAAAGCUUGUACAAGGGUGCCCAAGUUUUUAUAAGAAUAAACUGUGAUUCAAAAGUUCCAAACUCGCAAGUUCGUAUCGACUUGGCAAUUUUGCAGUCAAAUUGUUGGGAUAUCACAGACGCUAUACAGGAUAUAAAGGAGGAGAUAUCCUCACCAAACUUGGUCAAAAAUUCCUCCAAAGUAUACCUUGAUACAAGAAUAUAUAACUGCAAUGACCACUUCUUCUUCAAGGAAGCGGAACUGGGUCAGAAAAAGAAUUUACACAACACAGCCCAACCAGUGCACAUUAUAGACCAUGAUGGAGUAUACGUUUUAGCUCUAAAAGUUAAUACGAAUACCUCUGAAUACAGUAUCGGUGUUCAUAUCGAGAUGAAAAAUGACUAUGGGUAUUUGUCUGCAGUUGAUUGGCCUUUAUUACCGUUCUAUGGGUUUAUGUGUAUAUACUACGUCAUAUUGGGGUUGAUAUGGUUAAUUCUCUCGUUUCUUCAGUGGAGAGAUUUGUUGAGAGUGCAGUUCUGGAUAGGAGGAGUGAUUUUGUUGGGUAUGCUCGAGAAAGCUACUUUCUAUGCCGAAUAUCAGAGCAUCAACAACACAGGUACUCGAGUACAAGGAGCUAUGCUUUUUGCUGAAUGGGUAUCCUGCGCUAAAAGAACCCUCGCUCGUAUGCUUGUUGUAAUAGUGAGUUUAGGAUUUGGAAUAGUAAAACCAAGACUUGGAGCUACUUUGCAUAGAGUAGUAGGUGUAGGGUUAUUGUACUUUUUCCUAGCCGCAUCCGAGGGUUAUCUAAGAAUAACUAAAGCUAAAAAUGAUCCUAGCAAAGACUUACUUGUAGCGUCUGUACCUUUAGCAGUUCUGGAUUCUGCUAUUUGUUGGUGGAUUUUCUCUGCAUUAGUCAAUACAACAAGGACUCUACGACUGAGACGUAACGAAACUAAAUUAAACUUGUACCGGCAUUUUACAAACACAUUAAUAUUUUCGGUAGUAGCGUCAGUAUUUUUUAUGUUGUACUGCAUCAAGGUACAUCACUUUGUGAGCUGUUUAACUGUUUGGAAAGAUAUCUGGCUGGAAGAAGCGUACUGGCACAUACUUUUUUCGUGUUUGUUGCUGGUUAUUAUGAUUUUAUGGAGACCCACUAAUAAUAACCAAAGGUAUGCAUUUGUCCCGCUUUUGGACACGGGAGACGAUGCCGAUGAGGAAGAACAAUUGGUAAACGACGCCUAUGGUGUAAAAGUUAGAGUGCAUCAUCCAAAACAAUCUGCCUCUCCAAGAACGUCUGUGGACGAUGACCUUAAAUGGUUGGAGGACAAUGUGAAGAGCGAUCCUGCACUCCCUAUUUUAGAUUCCGAUGAAGAAUUAGUUAGUACUCGUUUUGAAGUAUCUAAAAUGCAGUAAAGGUUCCGUGUAUAAUUUAUAGCCAUAUUUUAUAAACAGCUUUACGUGUUUAAGUUGUCAUUGGAAUAUUUAUUUUAUUAGAAAUCGUUCUUGUUAUUUUUCUUAUGAAUUUAUAAAAAACUAAUGUUUAAUGUAGGUCUGUGAAUUUUUUUGUGUUACUUCUUGAAAUAUUGUAUAUACACUGUUAAUUAGUUAGAUUUCUUAUUUUUUCAUAAAAUUUUUUGAGAUUGCAACAAAGUUCAAGUUUGAUAAUAACAGUGCAACAUAUGUAUAAAAUGUCCUGUACACGGUAUCUAUUUCAUGAUAGUAGUUAGAUCAACACUAAAAAUAAUACAAAAACUAACAUUUAUAAACAAAAAAAAUACCCAUUACAUUCAGUCGUUCAUAGAUGUAUUUGCUUCAACAAAUUAAUGUUAAAAUUAAAUUAAACCGACAAUUAUUAUUGAUUUCAAAAUGUAAUGCUUCGAGUGAUGUUGUCGAGUGGAUGUACAAAGUUAACACUAAAAGUCAUUGUUUGUGAUAAAGGUGGUCAUUUCAAUAGAACAGUUAACAAUCAAUUCGUUAUCUGAAAUUUGAUGUCUUCCGUUGAAAAGAAAUUCUUAUGUAUGGAAAGUAUUUAAUUUGAUAGUACACAAACUUAAAUAAUAUGUGCACUGUUAUUACAAUCAGAAGUCUCGCUUAACAGUAUUAAAUAAAUUGUACUUGCAGUUCUCACAAAAAUUAUUUAUCGUAUCAUAAAUCCAUUAUUAUUCAACUAUUCGUUGUACUUUUGUAUUCAUAAAAUGAAAACAUUUUUAGUACUUAGGGUAUUUAAUCUUAAAUAUAGAACUUGUAUAUACCUUACCUAUUUUAAUUUGUGAUAAUGUUUAUUUCUUUAAAAAGAAAUUGUGUUGUUUUAUAGGAUUUAAAUAAAUAAUAUUUAAUUUGUCAGUGAUUGCUUUUUUGCUGCAAAAAGUUAACGUGUUUGAAGUGAGAACAAUACAAUACAAGGUGUUCCAGUUUGGGCGAAUUGAACUUUGAUUAUAAGAAUAUAAAAAUAUUUCUUAAACCACAGCCCUAUUUUCUACAGUUUUCUAUGUAUGUGGUUAGUUUUGUACGUGGCCAACUACAC